AGAAUGGUGGGCUCAGUUUUCUAUGUUACGGAUGAUCGUAUGCUCCUUUCAAAUAUUUGCCCACAGUUGGCAUCAGCGAAACGCCUUUUCUUAUUAUACCUGAUAAGGGUUGCUGCGUUUCUUUUAGGCGGUUGAAACCUUUGUGUAACGUCGUAACAUGGCAACUAAGCAGGACCGCAUUUCAAAUAUAACGCAAGCGUAGAGUUGCCCCUUUCUUCUUCUUUUUUCUAUUUUUACUCUAUCACUUCAUUCUUUCAUGGCACGACUCACCGUCGACACAGCGUCUACUACGACGACAGCUACCACUACAAACACAGGCUCUAGACCACUUGUAUUUUGUGUCUAUGUUUCUGGACAUGGUUGGGGCCAUGCCACUCGAGCCAACCAAAUAAUCUCUGACAUUUUAAAGCUACCGGCACAACAUAAAAUUUACGUCGUUUCGAAUGCGUCCGACUUCAUUUUCCAAGGUGUUAUACAGUUGGGUGCGAUCUAUCGUCAAGCAGAUAUUGAUGCCGGAGUUGUUCAACCUCUUGCUUACACUGUCGAUCGCGACCAAACUAUUGCAAAUCUCAAACUGUUUCUUGAGCGACGGCCAGAAACGUUGACUAAAGAGGCACAGUGGCUAAAGCAAGUGGGUGCUGACUGUGUUGUUUGCGAUGCUCCGUUCCUGCCUUGUGCGGCUGCAGCAAAGGCAGGUAUCCCAGCAGCCAUUGCGAGUAACUUUACAUUUGACGAAGUAUAUAAAGGGCUCUGUGAAGGAGAUGAACUCGACCAAGAGAUCCGCCAAAUGGUCGAGACUACAAUAGAGGAUUACCGAAACGCAGACCUGUUAAUUCGAUUACCGGGGGCGAUCCGUAUCCCAUCCUUUGAUGACUCAGAAAACCUUGUUCCAGUUACACCGAUCACCACCAGCUUCCCAGACGAGCUCAAGAAAACGGACAAGGGCGUCGUUAAUGGCAAAAUGCAGCUCCCAUGUACAAGCCAAUCAAACGUCCGAUCCAGCAACAGAAAGCGUCCUUCCUACGAACGACGGAUUGUCGACGUACCGCUUGUUUUCCGGAAAUACCAUACAGACCGCGAGCAAGUUCUCCAAGGACUCGGCGUCCCACGAGAGGUCUAUGAGAGCAACAAGAUCUUGUUACUGUCGUUUGGCGGCCAGGCGUUGGGUAAAGGAGGCUGGGUCGAUCCUUUACCAAGCGGUUGGAUAUGCAUUGUUUGCUGUGCGCCGGAUGGCGUAACUUUACCUCACAACUUUUAUCGUGCAUCACGCGACGCUUAUGUUCCUGAUUUGACGAAUGCGGCAGAUGUCGUGCUCGGUAAGUUGGGCUAUGGUACCUGCAGCGAGUGCAUUGGUCACCGAACGCCGUUUGUCUACGUACCUCGGCCACAGUUUAUUGAAGAGUAUGGACUGCUCAAGUUGAUGCACGAUCAAGGCAGCGCUGUAGAAUUAAAGCGCGAGGACUUUGAGAUGGGUUAUUGGGGUGAAGCAAUCGAGGCGGCCUCAAGACUAUCUGGUCGCUGUGAAGAACCGGAGCGUCUCGUUGCACACAACGGUGGCCAGAUCGCUGCAAAAACCCUAGAACGUUUUGUGGCCGAGUGGAACCAAAGUAAUCGUAUUCCUUUGGAUCAAGUCGCUGAAGAACAGACAUCAAUACCCGUAGAAGCCUUAUAAAUGCUGCCUCCUUUUUUUUUUGUGAAAACAGAACACUUGGAAAAUCCACAUCUUUUAUCCAUAUCUCUCUCAUACUCAUAUGCUUUCAUCACUUAUCACGUAUACACCCAAAUGCACAGCCAGCCAUUCUUUUCUGUAUCCUCUUUAUAAAUCUUUUGUGUGAUGUAGAUGAUGUAGAUCAUACCGGAAAGAAGAACAGACUCGCAAAAGAUGUUCUUCUUUAUAAAAUAGACUUUUUUGUCCCAC